CUUUUUCUUAUCACUCCCUGGCUCUCUCCAGUGGGUUAGCCUUAAAAGGUCAGGAGAAAGUGAGCCAAUCAAUUAAAACCCAGGGGCGAUAAGAGAUUAGGGAGUGUCAUAUAUCUGUGAGUUGGAGCUCACACAUGUCCCCUCAAUAAAAUUUUGACUAGUAGUGUGUGUGUGUGUGUGUUCGGUGUAGGGGACUUUUUUUGGGUCAAGAACAAAAAACCCAGACUGUAUAACCAAAUUAACAACGACACCGGUCUCUACUCUGGUUGAGUAAAUUGAUUAGCUCAAAACAAAUCGUCCAAAAAGGCCAAAGAAACCGAAGCCCCCCAUUUCGACCCUCCUCUCAUGCUCCGAGCAUUGCUGUUUCUGCUUUUCGUUUCCAGCAACUUUAGCAGGUAUUGGAAGAAUUAUUUCGGACUUCAGUUUGACGUAUAGGGAAUUGGGUUUCUUUAUUUUGUGGCAUUAGUCAAGUUACAUUAACUUCUGAGAUUUAGGCUGUUGUGUAAUGGCAACGUCUAUAUCCCCAUAUUUUAAGCCUUUCGAUACUCGAGGCCCAAUGGGUGUACUAACUGUUCUUGGAGGGAGAGUAUUGAUGGAGAAUAAUCACUUGGGAAGAGUAAGCUCCCUGAAGGUGUUUGAGGAAAAUAAUGGGUUGUCAGGUGUUAACCAAAAGGUUGCUUCAAAUUGGGCUCAGAUUAAAUGUUCAGCCAACUCUCACAGUGUCAAUCAGUAUCAUAAUAAAGACCCAUUUCUGAAUUUGCACCCAGAAAUUUCAAUGCUUAGAGGUGGAGAGGGGAACAACACGGUGCCUAAUCCGAGGCAGGAUAGUGCAAGUGGGAGUGUCACCGAGAGCUUAAGAGAUUCGUCGAGUUCAAGUAAUUACAAUGAGGCUAGGAUAAAGGUUAUUGGUGUUGGAGGCGGUGGGUCAAAUGCAGUUAAUCGUAUGAUAGAGAGUUCUAUGAAGGGUGUGGAGUUCUGGAUUGUUAAUACUGAUAUUCAAGCGAUGAAAAUGUCACCUGUGUUUCCUGAGCAUCGGUUACAGAUUGGUCAAGAGCUUACCAGGGGACUUGGCGCUGGUGGGAACCCAGAUAUUGGCACGAAUGCUGCGAAAGAAAGCAAAGAAGCCAUAGAGGAUGCAGUUUAUGGUGCAGACAUGGUCUUUGUGACUUCUGGAAUGGGUGGAGGAACGGGCACUGGUGGGGCUCCUGUAAUUGCAGGGAUUGCAAAGUCAAUGGGUAUCUUGACUGUUGGUAUUGUAACAACACCCUUUUCUUUUGAGGGACGACGGAGAGCAGUUCAAGCCCAAGAAGGAAUUGCAGCUCUGAGAGAAAAUGUUGACACCCUGAUUGUCAUUCCAAACGACAAGUUACUAACUGCAGUGUCCCCAUCUACUCCAGUAACAGAAGCAUUUAACCUGGCUGAUGAUAUUCUUCGACAAGGGGUUCGUGGUAUCUCUGAUAUAAUUACGAUUCCGGGACUAGUGAAUGUUGAUUUUGCUGAUGUGCGAGCUAUUAUGGCCAAUGCAGGUUCAUCAUUAAUGGGAAUAGGAACUGCAACAGGUAAGACCAGGGCCAGAGAUGCUGCAUUAAAUGCCAUUCAAUCACCUUUGUUAGAUAUUGGUAUAGAGAGGGCUACUGGAAUUGUGUGGAAUAUAACUGGUGGCAGUGAUCUAACCUUGUUUGAGGUAAAUGCUGCAGCAGAGGUCAUAUAUGACCUUGUCGAUCCAACUGCCAACUUAAUAUUUGGAGCUGUGAUAGAUCCCUCGCUGACUGGCCAAGUCAGUAUUACUCUAAUUGCCACUGGAUUCAAACGCCAAGAAGAAAGUGAUGGAAGAACCAUCCAGGCAAAUCAGCUAGCCCAGGGAGAUGUCACCCGGCGACCAUCAUUCACAGAAGGUGGUUCAGUGGAGAUCCCGGAGUUUCUCAGGAAGAAGGGACGCUCACGCUAUCCAAGAGCCUGAAUCGGUUUUCACUUUCCCCCUUAUAACAUAAACUUUUCCCUCUAGAAGUAGCUCUCUUCAACUUGAUCUCACCUUCUAAGGGUACUAAAAUUUGUCUCUGUAUGUACAGGAUUUUCGUUACGCAUCUAAUAUGGCUUUUAGCUCUGAGAGAAUGUAUUGCAUAUGCCUUUCCUAAUAAAAAAGAUUUUAUGUUGUACCCUGAUUGUGCAAGUCAAGAAUUAUAACUAUCCUAUAUUUAGCCCACGGAAAUAAGUUGGAGAUCUAGUAGAGCAAGGCUAUAGAAGCAUAUUUGGCUGACCUCUGGUUUAUACAGAUUCUAUUGUUUUGAAGCUUAGCUGAAGUCAUGCAUAAACUAUUAUUGAUUAAAGAGGAAUUAUAGAAGUGGAUACGAGGAUAUUUCACUGCUACAGGUGAUUUUUCUUUCUUUCAUGUGCUUCUGUGAAGAAAUUCAACAGUAUCUACCCAUGCCAAGAAGGAAUUUGAACUGGUUGCUGUUGGUGGCUAAAGACCUGCAGGGUUGUGUCUCUUUGGGAUUUUAUUUGAGCUUCUGAUUUCAUUUUCAUGUCCAAAUGAGAAGGCAAAAGUGAAGCCCUGCGGUUGACAUGAGAAGGUAUAUUCAGGGUAAUGAUAAGAGGAAGAUACAAUAUUCACAUACAACACGAAUACGAUAUGACAUGACGGAAAGUCGUACUUGUGUUA